AAGGCUAUAGUUGUUGGUCUAUAUGUUUGUAUUCUGCUUGUCCAGCAGGCCACGAUGUCACAUGAAAUCCCAACCUACCCUUGGGUUCGAUGCUACAGUGACCGUCAAUGUGUUGGAUAUGGAUUUCUAGAUGCCCCAUGGAAUAUCUGUUGUCAAAGGGGUUACUGCUACAAAUGCCCUGCAAGAUUAUGUUGUACCUUCUACUGCAGGAGGGCCCGG